UCUUGAACUUUCUUCGUGUGAAUUGAAUUCUUUGCCAAGUGGACUAGGUCAGUUGACACAAUUGAGAUACUUGGAUCUUUCUAAGAAUGAAAGUCUGUUAUCACUUCCAGAUUCAAUGAAUGAUUUGUUGAAUUUGCAAACACUGAAACUCAAUGAAUGCUCAAAACUCAAAGAGCUUCCUAGAGAUAUUGGGAAACUCAUCAACCUUAGGCAUCUUAAAAUCUCUGAUUGUGAUAAAUUGGCGUAUAUGCCAAGUGGACUGGGCAAGCUAACUAAUCUCCAAAUAUUAUCAAAUUAUGUGUUGAUGAAGAGCGAAAAGUGUAUCCGAAGGCAUGGUGGUGAGCUAAAGGAAUUGAUGGGAUUGAACAACUUGAGAGGCAAAUUGGAAGUUAUAAAUUUGAGUUGUGAGAAAAAUGUGGCAGCGGAGUAUGAGAAAGCCAAACUAAAGGAUAAACAAUAUCUUCGAUCAUUGAGAUUGGAGUGGGAUUCUGAAGCUAAAAUGGAUGAAACCGAGGCUAUUGUUGGUUAUGAGAUGUCAUUAGAAGGUCUCCAGCCUCACCAAAAUAUUCAGAAUCUAAGGCUAAUAAAUUAUGGGGGUGUUAAACUCUCCAGCUGGCUCUCAUCACUUACUAAGCUUGUGAAGUUAACUUUGAAAGAUUGUGCAAAAUGUGAGCAUGUCGUUCCAUUGAAUCAAUUCAAGUGUCUCAAGGGUUUGUACCUUGAGAGGUUGAUAUGUUUAGAGUACAUAUCCAACACUAAUAAUGUCAGCGAAGACUUGGUUGGUUCAACAACAACAUUACUGCCAUCUCUAAAUACACUUUGGUUGCAGGAUUUGCCUAAUCUAAAAGGAUGGUGGAGAGAGAUUGAAGUUGAUCAUUCUUGUUUUGAUGCAAAUGCAAAUGAAGAUAAUCACACUUCCUUGUCUUAUUAUCUCCCUUCUCUUUCAAACUUAGUUAUAGAUGAUUGUCCUAAGCUGACUUGCAUGCCACUUUACCCACAAUUGGAAACAUUGAAGAUGAACAAGACUAGCCAGAAGAGAUUUGAAGAGACAUUAAGAACGAGGAUGAUGAUGAGCAAUAACUUUGGAUCUGUAUUCCCAACAACUCCUUCUUUCUCAGUUCUCUCCAAAUUAGAAAGGCUAAUUCUAAGAGACAUUGAUGAUCUAGAAUGUCUUCCAGACUCCUUCAAGAGCCUUGCUUGUCUCAGUCGCUUUUAUAUUGAUGGUUGUCCUAAAUUGAAGGAUUUGUGUCCUGGUAUUCUACAUCUCUCAUCACUUCAAAGUCUAUAUAUUGUAGAAUGCGAGGGGUUAGGGGACAUGCUGAUUAGUGAUGAUUAUGACUUUAUGUGGCAAUCCCUAAAUGGAACACUCCGAUCACUAGUACUAAAGAUGUUGCCAAAUGUAGUGACUAUUCUUCCUAUGGGUAUCCAACAUCUUACCAGCUUACAACAACUUGAAGUUUUCUGGUGUGAUAGUCUAACAACAAUUCCAGAGUGGAUCCACAACCUCAAAUCACUUAAGAGGCUUUGGUUAUCCAACUGCCCCAAUCUGACAUCAUUCCCUGAAGGAAUUCGAAGCCUCACCACUUUGAACGUGUUACAUAUUUUUAAAUGUCCCAUUUUAUUGAAGAGAUGCAAAAGGAAUACAGGUGAAGAUUGGGAUAAGAUUUCUCAUAUAAAAGACUUGUUCUUACGUCCAGAUCCCAACAAAGAAGAAGAAGAAGAAAAUGAGAAUACAAAGGGAUGCAACCUCUUCAACAAGUUUAGAAAUCAAGGAUAGAUAUCAUAUGUGUAGCGUAGGAGCAAAAGAGAGUGAAGAAGAAAAGGAAGCAAAGUAUGAAGGAAAUGUAAGGGUACUUAGGAGGAUGUGCAAUUGAAAGAGUGACUGUUUUAACAGUAAGAAGAGAAACACAAGAGCAAGAGCAUUAUCGGAUAAGAUCAGUUGAGUGAACUAAGUUGUUUAAGCUACAAAUAUCAUUAUGUUGUAUGAAUUUGUAUGGUAUAUGUAUUAGUACUUUUUAAUUUAAGUUGAGUUAGAUGUUAUGAC